AAACGUUCGGCCGCUCCUCCUUCGCCACUCAAGUGUUUGCUUUCGCAGGAGCCGGACGAAACCUCAGCCUUCAGUCAAGUCCCGAAUAAGCGCUUGCAGAAAUGGCCCUUAGCAAAGAACAGGGCUUGCUGAUGAACGAUGGCAACAAAAUCCCCGUGCUGGGGUUUGGCACCUAUUCCCCGGAUGCUAUUGAAAAAAGUAAGUGUGGGGAGGCUGCAAAAAUAGCUAUAGAAGUUGGCUUCCGCCAUAUUGAUGGAGCAUAUGUAUACGAGAUUGAGGAGAAAGUUGGACGCGCUGUUCGUGAGAAGAUUGCAGAUGGGACAGUAAAAAGGGAAGACAUUUUCUACACUGGAAAGCUUUGGAGUACCUUCCACCAACCGGAGUUGGUUCGGACAUGCCUAGAAGAAUCGCUGAAGAAGCUGCAGUUUGACUAUAUUGAUCUAUUCCUAAUCCACAACCCUUACUCUCUAAAGCCUGGACCAGAUUUAUUUCCCAUGGGAGAAGAUAAAAAAAUGAUUUUUGACAAUGUCGAUCUUCGUAAAACAUGGGAGGCAAUGGAGGCAUGCAAAGAUGCUGGCUUGGUGAAGUCUAUUGGAGUGUCCAACUUCAACCGGAAGCUGCUGGAAAUGAUCCUGAACAAGCCAGGACUGAAAUACAAGCCUGUUGUAAACCAGAUUGAAUGCCAUGUUUAUUGGAACCGGAGUAAGAUGCUGGACUUCUGCAAAUCAAAUAACAUCCUUGUCGAAGGAUAUUUUGUCUUGGGUUCCCAGAGGGAUCCUAUAUGGAGCGAUCAGAGCACCCCUGUCCUGCUUGAGGAGCCUGUGUUGGCUGAGAUCGCCAAGAAGUACAACCAAACCGCGGCUCUCGUGGCUUUACGCUACCAGUUCCAACGUGGCAUCGUGGUCCUUUCGAAGUCUAAUAUCAAAAAACAAUUGGAAGAAAACAUCAAGGUGUUCAAUUUCCACCUGUCUGAGGAAGACAUGAAAUCCAUCGACGGCCUUAAUAGAAACAUGAGCUUCUUAAAAAAGGAACCAUUUGCUGGCCACCCACACUAUCAACCACCAGGUGAUGACUAAGGACUCAACUACGUUUCCUACGUUCUCUCCAACUCUAAAGUAUUACACAACCACAACUUGUAAUACAACACUAUCUGGCUUCACCACACUGACAAUAUCAAAGACAUCUGUAUGCGUUUAAGCAGAAAUAGAAAGGUUUAUAAUUCAAUUCAAUUCCUUUUAUUACAGUCAACAGAAAAAUAAAACAUAAAAACACAUAAUAAAUAUUUAAAAUACAUUAAAUUAAAACAGAGUAUGAUUAAAAUUCUGUGCUAGAAGCAAAGGAAAAUCCUGCCUAAUGCAGCAUUGUGGUUGGUUCUUAGUUCUAAUCUGUAAAGGGAAGGAUGAAAUAAAGAUAACUUUUGUUGCUGA